UCAGUUUUAAAGAUCAUUUCGUAGCGUUCGGUUCAGAUUUUUUGGGAGCGCACGCAAAGAGCGUUUGUGCGAGAGAGAGAGAGAGAGCGACAGUUAGUAUAGGUAGAAGUCGAUAAUUAUUUUGUGUACUUAAAAAGCAUAAAUAAACAACAAAUUCAAACUGAGUCAACUCUUGCCAAAACUUGCCAAAAACAAAAAAAGAAAAAACCCCAAUUUUCAAUUCCGUCUUCGCAUAUCAAUGUCAAGUGCUGUCCGCUCCAUCGAAUCCGGGGUCACAAGUGCUCAAGCGGCUGAUUAACGUUCAAUAGAAGCGAGCGCAAAAACAAAAAACAACAAAACAAUAAGAAACUGCAAAGCAACAAAAAAAUAAAGACUAAAAAAGGUGGAACGGCGCGAAACACGUUUCGUGUUUGUGUUUUCCUAGCUGAACAAAAAUAACAAAACAAAAUAACUAAAAUUAUUGUCAUUGUUGCCAGAAGAAAAACAAAAACAUUAACAAACUGAAUAGUAAAUAUAAAUAAACUAAAUUAAUUAAAUAAAUCAGCUGCUUGGCCAGAGUAUAGAGCAAGAAAGCAAUACACAGAAGCACUUGCCCUGACCAGAGAGGGAGAGAGAGAGAGAGAGAGUGAAAGACAGAGACAAAGCGAGACGAGUCGAGGUUAAAGUUACCAAAGCGAACCUGAUCUCAAAACUGAAGCAGCAGCAGCUCGGGAAGCGUAACGGCUCUGGCAGCUCUUACCAAAUAUGAGCAUAUGCUGUUAGCCUGGCUUUAGCUAACCACGUAAUUCAAGCAGCCGUAACUUACCAGCAACAACAACAAUAACAACAACAACAACAACAUUAAUUGAGAAUGGAGCGCUCGCAAAGCUGCAGCAAUUUCGAAGGCGCGCCGGAGGCGUUGCACGCCUCUGUUGGUGGUGUCAACAAGCCGCUUACCGGCAGCAGCGACAACUUGCCCCACCGACUUGCCAGCUGCAACAGCAGCAGCAACAUGUUGCCCAGUUUUCCGCCCAGCAAACCGUUGCGCAAACGCAAACGUCUGCAACGCCAACAAUCCGUUAUUGUGGAUGAUGCGGAUGACGAUGAUCAUCAUGAUAUGCUGAGCUGUGAGUGCGCCUAUGCCGCCGAUCUGGAGGAGAAUGACGAUGGGGAUCUGGAGAUGUCGGAGCCAUUGGUCAUGCCACGCCUGCCCCAGCGCCACAUCUUGGCCAACAGCGGACGACAGCUGCGGCACGAGGAAUCCUUCGACUCGAACAGCACGGCGCCCGAGAUGAGUCCGCAGGCGGUGCGGCAGCAUCGCUUCAGCAGUUUGCUGCUGCGCGACAGCUCCGUCUCGAUGCAGUCGGACUCGAGUCGCUAUUCGAGCGUGGACAGUCUGCUGGAGUCGCGCAAACCCGAUCCGGAGGCAAUACUCAUCAAUCUGGGCUUCGGGCCCGUCGGCACCGAGGACAUGCUCUCGCGCAUACCCAAGCGCUUCCUCAAGCCCUCCAAAGUGCCGGGCAUCGACACGGAGGCAUUCGUCAAGCGUCUGCAGCUGGCCAGUUCGUUGGCCGACUCCAGUGCCCUGGGCUAUCGCGGGCUCACCUCCAGCUCGGAUCAGCCGCCCUCGUCGAUUGUGGCCAAGAUUAUGGAACGCUUCGAGGUCAACAAUCAGCGCAAACAGUCCAUGGGCAACAUUGAGCACACGAUCAGAUGAGACGCCGAUCCGAUCCCAACACUAUCUAUCUAACUAUCCAUAUGCAUACUAUAAAUCCAAUGAAUAUCUGAAAUUGUGCAACCUAGGCUAAGUUACUACGUUAGCUAUAUAUAGCAGCCAGCGAGCGGGGUUUUACCCGACACGCGGCAACUUUUCUAUUAUUACUGUACAUUAUUAUUAUUAUAUAUAUAUAUAUAUUAUCUUUAUUGUCAUGUGAUGUUUAUCUUGUCCAUUAGCUUUUAGUUGUGCCGCGUACUUAGCUUUGUCUAUUGUUUUACCUACCGAUUCGGGUUUAUUUUUACAAUUCGUUUUACACUUAUUAUAAUCUCAGUUUUAAGCAUCAAACUAAAAUAAUAAUACAAAUUGCCUUUGAUAUA